UUGUAAACAAAGAUGGACGCACUGAGAGAGAACGUGAUGAUCAACCAACUAAGCCACGUCGCUGGCUGUUCGUUAGAAGAGUCGAGGCAGCUUCUUGUUGCUGCCAACUGGCAAUUCGAGGCUGCGUUGAGUCUGUUCCUACAAGAAGAGUCAAUACCUAGAAGAGGCAGAGGAACGAUGACAGUACCAGCUAAUACUCCCGAAACUCCGCCCUGUUUCCCAGAAGCUUUGAUGGCAUUUGCGAAACUGAGAGCGGGAGAGACAAUGAGCAGCAGUUCUCAUGCUCACCAAACUACAGCUGGCAGUACGUCUGCGGCGGCUGGAGGUUCUAGUAGUCAGAACGAGUCUCGUCCGAAGCGCUGUCAAGCAAGAUCGACUGUCACCAACUACUAGAAGAUUUGUGAGCGAUGAGCCAGUGGCCGAGCACGGAUAUUGUACAGCUACGUGUAGGGAAGGGCUGACGGUAGAUAGCCGUGUUGAUAUUUUUGCAUCUCUUCUGUUGCCUGCAGUAAACAGGUAUGAACGGGCAUACAUAUAUGGUAGGUGCAGAUUAUGUACAUGGUUCACUACUUGUAGUUUCUAUCUUGGGCAGAAAGUGUGUAUUCUAGUUAGACAGAAAGUCUGCAUAUGAAAACAGUGUGUCUCUGAAUUAUACAUCUCUUCAUACUCUAUUAAUUAACUAAUUGAAUACAGAAGUUUAUGCUGAGAGCUAAAUGUUAU